AUGGCCUCUCUCCAAGCAACGGGGGGCGGCGCCGCCGCCGCCGCCGAGAAUGCAGAAGAUCAGAAGCCGACGAGCCUCGACGCAGAGAAGAAGAAGACAACCGACCGGAGUAGCGCGGUGAAGGAGAGCUCCUCCUCCCUGUCCUCCUCCUCGACCGCCGCCACUGCGAAAACCAUCGGCGGCGCCGCCAAGGCCGCCGGCGGCGAGCGGGCGGAGACCGCUGAGAGCGGCAAGAGCAGCAUCUGCAGGGGGAGCACGAGCAGCGACGUGAGCGACGAGAGCACGUGCAGCAGCUUCAGCGCCGGCGGCGGCGGUGGGAAGCCCCACAAGGCGGCGAACGAUCCCCGGUGGGAGGCAAUCCAGUCGGUCCGCUCGAGGGCCGGUGGCGCCGCCGUAGGACUCCGCCAUUUCCGCCUCUUGAAGAAACUCGGCUGCGGCGAUAUCGGCACCGUCUAUCUCUCGGAGCUCGCAGGAACCAGGUGUCACUUCGCCAUGAAAAUCAUGGACAAGAGCUCCCUCGCCGGCCGGAAGAAGCUCCUCCGCGCUCAGACGGAGAGGGAGAUCCUCCAUUGCCUCGAUCACCCCUUCCUCCCCACUCUCUACGCCCACUUCGAGACCGAAAAGUUCUCCUGCCUGGUCAUGGAGUUCUGCCCCGGUGGCGACCUCCAUACCCUCCGCCAGCGGCAGCCCGGCAAGCACUUCUCCGAGCAGGCCGUUAAGUAAGCCCCUCCCCCACCCCACCAUCAAGUAGCUUGGUGAUGAUGAUGACGACGACGAUGAUCAUGAAUUAGGGUUCCCCUCCGCUAUGUUUUGUUGUUGCAGGUUCUACGUGGCGGAGGUUCUUCUUGCUCUGGAGUACCUCCACAUGCUGGGCAUCGUCUACAGGGACCUCAAGCCGGAGAACGUCCUCGUGAGGGAGGACGGCCACAUCAUGCUCUCCGACUUCGACCUCUCCCUGCGCUGCGCCGUCAGCCCCACCCUCGUCCACUCGGCGGUGGCCAAUCUCACCGCCGGCGGCGGCGAGGUCGCCGCCGCCUACUGCGCGCAGCCGGCCUGCGCCAUCCCUACGAGCUGCUUCUCCCCCCGGUUCUUCUCCUCCAAGUCCAGGAAGGAGAAGGAGACGAAGAAGAAGAAGGAGAAGGAGGAGAGGAAGAAGGAGAAGCGGGAGGUGGGGAACCAGGUGAGCCCGUUACCGGAGCUGGUGGCGGAGCCCACGGAAGCUCGGUCGAUGUCGUUUGUCGGAACCCACGAGUACCUGGCACCGGAGAUCAUCAAGGGGGAAGGCCAUGGCAGCGCCGUCGACUGGUGGACCUUCGGGAUCUUCCUGUACGAGCUCCUCUUCGGGAAGACGCCAUUCAAGGGCUCCGGUAACAGGGCCACCCUCUUCAACGUCGUCGGCCAGCCGCUGCGCUUCCCGGAGGCGCCGCCGGCGGUGAGCUUCGCCGCCCGCGACCUGAUCCGGAGCUUGCUGGUGAAGGAGCCGCAGCACCGGCUGGCCUACAAGCGAGGGGCCACGGAGAUAAAGCAGCAUCCGUUCUUCGAGGGGGUCAACUGGGCGCUCAUCCGCUGCGCCAGCCCGCCGGAGAUCCCCCGCCCGGUGGAGAUACCCCCGCCGGUGGCAGCGCCUCCGCCAACGGCACCAGGCCCCGCCGGGGAGAAGUACCUGGAAUUCGAUUUCUUCUAG